AUGGUAUUUGAAAUUAAGCUUAACGGCACUGUUGUGACUACUGGUGGUAACCGUGGCAUUGGUCUGGCCAUUUCCAAGUCGUGUGCCCAAGCAGGUGCUAAUGUGGCCAUGCUGUACCACUCCAACCCCGAGGCCGAGAAGGCUGCGGAGGAAGUGGCCAAGGAGUACGGCGUCAAGGUCAAGGCCUACAAGUGCGAUGUCAGUGACGCUGAGCUGGUGAAGAAGACCAUCCAGCAGGCCGAGGCUGAUCUCGGCCAGAUUACGGGCCUUGCUGCCAAUGCGGGUGUGUCGAUUGUCAAGCCUGCUCUUGAGCUGACGCCUGAUGACUUCCACAAGGUCUUCAACGUGAACGUGCUUGGCGUCUUCAACGCAUGCAAGGCUGUGGCCCAGCACUGGGUUGAUACCAAGUUUGACAAGGGCUCGAUCGUUGUUACUUCGAGCAUGAGCUCGGAGAUCUACAACCAGAAGGGUCCGAAUGAUCCACUCACGCAAGUGUUCUACAAUGCUUCGAAGGGCGCUGCGACCAACAUGGUUAAGGGCCUUGCCGCUGAGUUUGCCAAGUACAACAUUCGUGUGAACGCCCUGGAACCUGGCUUCUGCAACACGGAGCAGACGAGUGUCAUGGACAAGUCCAUCCGUGACUACCAGGCCUCGAGUGUGCCCAUGGGUCGCUUCAGUGAGCCCCACGAGCAGGGUGCCCCAUGUGUGUUCUUGCUCAGCGAGUACGCCAGCUACAUGACUGGCGGCCACAUCCGCCCCGACGGUGGAUUCACGCUUUGGUAA